GGAAGGGGCACUUAAUGCGCAGUAUGUCCUCUUGCCAGCUUGUUGCACCGUCCUCCAUCUCCUCUCUCUCUCUCUAAAACCAGUUCAACUUCUCUCUCUCUCCGGAAGAAACAGAGAGGAGGGAAACGAUGUCUUCGGAUGACGAAGGAAGAGAGGAAUACCUCUUCAAGAUUGUGGUGAUCGGCGACUCUGCCGUCGGCAAAUCGAAUCUUCUGUCUCGUUACGCUCGGAACGAGUUCAGUGCGCAUUCCAAGGCCACGAUCGGCGUUGAGUUUCAGACUCAGAGUAUGGAGAUUGAAGGUAAAGAGGUUAAAGCUCAGAUUUGGGACACUGCUGGCCAGGAGCGGUUCCGUGCCGUCACCUCCGCUUAUUACCGUGGCGCCGUCGGUGCACUCGUCGUUUACGACAUCACUCGCCGCACUACUUUCGAGAGCGUCGGACGUUGGCUCGAUGAGCUUACGAUCCAUUCGGAUACAACGGUGGCGAGAAUGCUGGUGGGAAACAAGUGUGACUUGGAAAACAUAAGAGCAGUGAGCGUGGAGGAAGGGAAAGCACUAGCAGAAGCUCAGGGACUCUUCUUUGUGGAAACAUCGGCACUUGAUUCAACCAAUGUGAAAACAGCCUUUGAGAUGGUGAUACUUGACAUCUACAACAACGUGAGCCGUAAGCAGCUUAACUCAGAUACUUAUAAAGAUAAACUCACCGUGAAUCGGGUCUGAAGCUGGCUAGAUGAGGAUGAUGCACUCACAGGAACCGAGAAGCUACAGUACUAUGGGGUGGUGGGUUUGUUAGUUUUACAGACUUUGGUCUGGUUUCCAAAGCUUUAACACACAUACACUAGUCUAGAUACUCUGUUAAAUGUUACAAAUGCUGCAGAUGUAGAAAUCGGAUUUGAAAUUGGAUGCUCCACUCUGA